AUGAACAGAAGAGACGAUGGCGGGUCCGGUCGGGGGCCGAUCGAUGUGGUAACGCGGCGUCAGUUCGCCACCGUGGAAGCGUCUCUCGAGCAGUUGCAGGCCGCCGCCUCCGCACACAGACUUGCUGACAGGGGGGAUGUAGCUGAAGAGGUUAAGCGGUUGGCGGCGAGAGUCCAAGCAGCAGAGCAGGCAGCGGGGCAGUUGGCAGCCACUGUGUGCGAGCUGGCGGAGUGCGGCGCGCUGCCGCGGGAGCUGCGCGUCGCCGUGCAGGCGCUCGGCUACCCGCCGGAGCACCGUCGCAGCCGCCGGUCGUCCAUCUUCAGCGCGCCGCCCUACGUCACACGAUAUGAUCUAGACGCCAUCAUGUCGGACGCGACGGCGGAGUUGACUGGCGCGGUGGUGGCGGCGACGGCGCGUGCCGCAGAGUCCGCAGAGUGGGCGCUGCGGAAGGCGCAGGCUGUCGGCGAGAAGAUGGAGCGGGCAUCCAGCCUGAGCGUGCGGCUGUCGACGUUACAGGCGCUGGUGGAAGACUACUUCCAGCAGACCGCUGGCUUCGAGACCGGACUGACCACGCAGAUUCGUCAGUUCCAAGAGCAGAUCGAGCAGAUCGAGGCGGACCUCGGCGCCGGCCUCGACCAGCUCAAACACGUCAACACCAACACCGAGACUGCAGCGGUGAUAGCGUUGCGGGAGCGGUACGAGGAUCUGGUGGCGCAGGCCGAGGCCACCGCCGCCGACGGCCAGGCCGCCGCCGCCGACCAGGCCAAACUGGCUAGGGAGAUACAUAACCUGGCUCAAGCGUUGGAGAAUCUAAAAGAACAGAAGUGUGAUCGAGCAGAAGUUGUGGACGGCCUGAGGGACAAGGCGACCUCUUCGCAGCUGCAGGGUCUACUCCGUGUGGAGGUGUUCGAGAGGACGCGCGACGAGCUCGACGACCGUCUGGACGCCUUCCACGACUUGUUCCACGAGCAGGAGACCAGGUGGAUGGAGGCCCUCAAGGAGCUAUCAGACCGGGUGGAGCUGAAGGCGCAGUAUUCGGAGCUGCUGCACGCGCGCGACGAGGCGCAGGCGCAGCUGCGCACCAUCGACGACAGACUACGGACGUUGGCGCACGCUAUUGGCGAGCCGCAGGUGGCGUUCUUAACCCGCUCGUUGCUGGCGGACAUGUUGUGCGCGUCGUGCCGCGAGCCCGCACUGCCCGACGCGCGCCCCGCUCACCUUCACACACACAGCGACGGCGAGAGUAUCAGCCCCCGCAAGGAGCGUCACGCGUGUCGUCGCUGGUGCGGCGGCUCGCAUACGCUGGUGGCGGGUACGCGCGCCCUGCCAUCCGCGCCGCCCGCGCCCCGCCCACCCCGCCCCGCACGCACAUACAGCGGCUACGGCGACGACGGACGGCUAUACCAGAUGCAGGAGGACUGUCAGCCGUGUCUCCAGUGUAACAAGGUGGAACACUCCACCUCGCAGCACGGCCGAGGCGACGGGGACCAGAAAUAAUGAUGAUGAUUAGUAUAAUA